AUGGAAGCCGGCGCCAACGAAGACGUGCUUAUUGAAAUCGAGGAAAUCGAUAGCAAUGAUGUACCUGAAAACGAACUGGAGCAAUUUCAGGAAACAGAGCCCUUACAGGUUUUAGAAUUUAUUGUUAGCGAAGGCGACAACGACGCCCUCAAACGACAGGCGGCUGAGGAAGGAGCUCUAAUUAGACGAUAUGUGCAGGGAGAAGGAGAAUUUCCAGAGUUUUGUACCAAACUGGAGCCAGGAGAUGAAGAUGAUGAGGAUAUUGAAGAGGUGCAGAGCGAAGCGGCGACAAUGGUCGAGGAAGAUAAUAGAAUUUGUGGAGAUGACAAUGAUGAUGAUUUUGAGCAGCGGCAUCCUGUGGCUUCCACAAGCACUGCUGCAGCUGAAAAGCGUGCAGCGAGGCAACAAAGUACCUCCCCACAGAAAGACCAUACCGAACAGCCCUCUGGAAUUGGUGAAUCCAGCGGAAAUUUUGGGCGCCGCAGCGCACUCAGCCCAACACUCCUUGGUCUUAUGGGAGAGGCCAACUUAUCCUUUGCUUACGGUCGCUACGAUACAGCAGAGAAAAUAUGCAUGGAGAUUAUACGUCAGAAUCCAUUGGCAAGUGAACCAUUCUAUACUCUGGCCGAGAUCUACGAGAAUCGCGACGAUGUAAAAUUCUUACAAUUCUCUACGAUAGCGGCACAUCUAAAUCCGCAAGAUCGCGACCUGUGGAUACGUAUCUCAGAUAUGCUGGUCCAGCAGGGGCAGCUGUCCCGUGCCCGCAUAUAUUACACCAAGGCCAUCAAAGUGCUCCAUAAGGAUUACUUGCUGCGUUUGCGCAAGGCCCAGCUGCUAGAACGCAUGGGCGAGGGACACACCGCGAUGUUUACAUAUCUAAAAAUGUUGCCAUUAAUGCCACCAAGCGAGUGGGCCCUUUGUCUGUCAACGGCUCGAAAUGUUGCGAGUUUUUUUCAUCUUCAGCAAAAGCAUGCCUUGGCACUAGAGGCCAUGAAUGGAGCGUAUAGCGUUUGCGGUUCACGUUUUUCCCUUGGUGAUCUUAACAUCUUUUUGGAGCUUCUCAUUCUCAACAAGCAAUACAAAAAAGUGUUGCAAUGUCUACGAGAGCACACAGAUCUAGACCUGGAGGCAGGAGAUAAUCUGGAGGUCAUUCACUUCUGCAAAAUACCAAAUGAUUAUUUACCCGAUUUACGCGCUAAGCUGUGCGUUAGCUUAAUACACAUGCGUGCGCACCAUUUGCUCGGAUACAUCGUUCAAAACGUACACACGCACAUAACGUUGACGGUAGACCGUGUGGAGCUGUACAUGGACAUUACAGAGGCAUUGAUGCAGGAGCAUAAAUAUGCCGAGGCUAUUUCACUAAUGCGGCCCAUUACGGACGACGAUACCUUUGAGUGUCCGGCUUUUGUUUGGCUGCGACAGGCCGAGUGUCUGCGCCAGCUUAAUCGAACUAACGAGGCUAUUCAAUGCUACGAACGUGUUGUUCAGCUUGCACCAUUUUGCUAUGAAGCCAAGUUUACGCUGUCCGCGCUGCUUAAGCAGCAGGGAAAGCACGAGGAGGCUGUAAAGGCACUAGAGCAGCCAGGCGAGGGCGAGAAUGAAGGUCAGCCGUUGCACGCCCGCCUGCUUUACGAACGCUGCGUGAUGCUGCAGCAAAUUGGACGCAUCGAGGAGUUCCUUGAGGUCGGCUACGUCCUGCUCGGUCGGCACUCGAUCAAGCUCAGGAAUCGCGAGGAGCUGGUAGCUGCCUCAAAUAGUGGCAACGCGUACAACACGGAAGGCCUAAAAGCCAUUAUACAAAUGCGUAAUAUGGCAGAAAGUGCAACAGGAGGCGUGGAGCGAGAAGUUCAGGAGACAUUAAAGAGUCAAAAUGCAGCCGCCGCCAAUGAGAACUCGGAUUUGACCAUUAAAAUGGAGAUCGAUCUCUUUCUUGAGCUCGUUCGCAUUGGUCAUGAGCAUGGCAUGCAUAGUGCGGUUGAACGCAUUGCGUUUGCAAUGGUGACGACAAAGCGUUUUCUUAGCUAUCACCAAGAAGUCGAGCGCGUAAUGAUCUUAGCUUGCUAUUUCAACAAUGACUGUUCCAUUGCCUUCUCCUAUUUGCGAGAGCUCAUAUCUAAGCACGUGGGCAACAUAAAUCAUUGGAAUUUGCUUUCACUGCUUGUGCAACGUGGCGAGGAUAUGCGUUACUUCCGUUACGCGCGCCGCUUUGCCCAGCGUAAUCCACUGGCCAUGCAACAGAAUCGCAUCUUUCUGGGACACUAUCAUCUUAACUGCAGCUCCUAUAAAUACGCUUUAAACAUCUACGUUCCCAUGUUGCAUGAGCAGCCGCAAGCAGUUGUAGCCCUUUGCAUAGCUGUUGUCUUUAACCAACUGGCGCUACAAAAGAAAGUACUACGGAAAACAGCAGCAGUAGCGCAGUCGAUUGCCUUUGCCCAUCGCUAUGCGGAGCUGCGCAAUGGGGGCAAUACUACAUCGUGUACGCAGCAAGAAAUUUACUAUAACAUUGGCCGCAUCUAUCAUCAGGCGAAUCUAUUGAAUCUCGCAAUGGACUACUAUGAACGGGCCCUGGCCGUGCAGCAUCCGCUGCUGGAAGAGCAUAAGUCAACACUGGGACUCCAACAUGAGAUUGCCUUUAAUUUGCAUCUAAUUUACCGGGCCAAUGGAAACAAGCAGAAGGCUCGACAGUAUCUGAUGCGAUAUUGUGUUGUUUAACUAACGACUAUUGUUAUAUACUAUAUGUAGCAAAGCACUAUUUGAGGAGGCAUUUGACUGAAUCGCUAUAACUUACCUCACUAAGUGAAUAAUAUCUAACCCAAAUAUAAAAUAAACCCGUGCAGCCUAGGGACUCGGAGGGUCUAAAUACCAGACUUGGUCAAUGUGGGCUCAAAAUAUUGUGGCACAAACCUAAUACAUGUAGCCUUUUUACCCUUCAUGUACAUAUGAAAAAGUUGAAUGUUUUCAGACUACAAAAAUAUCUAACCUGUUAUAAGAGUAGAAGAAAAGUUUUAAGUUAAGUUUUCGUGAAUAAACAAAUAAGUGUCCGAUUAGUAGUAUGGAAAACUGUUUAAUACAUCUAAGUUAUGCAACAUGAGAUAAAGUAAAACAAACUAGUGUUAUUGACGCCUCUGACCACACAUGGCUGUGAGACGGGGCAUAGCUAGCCGAAGGGCAAAUAAUAUUCCCCCAACCGGGUC